UUAACUUCUAUAACAAAAAGAGAAUGCCCCAUUGUUAUUUCUUUUAAUACUCAACAGUUGUCCAAAGAAAUCGAGUCAAUAAAUUUGAUACAAUAGGUAUUCGGCAAUGAAUUUGGUGAAAGCACCCAUUGGGUUAUUGUAAACCUGUCUUUUGCGCUAACACAAACAUAACCAAAAAAUAAUCUACAUAACCUUCAUUUUUCGAAAUUUUUGAGAUGUUAUUCAAGCGCAAUUUAUUUAUUAUUUCAAAAUUACCAAUCGUUAAAACUCGUAGUUGGUCUUCUAAAAGCAUAAACGCUUUCUGCAAUUUAUUUGACUUGAGCAGAGGAGAAUUUGACUCUUACAGAAAAGAGACUAAUAUUCCGUCAUUAGAAGUCGAACAUUUAAACGAAAUUUCCAAUUUGCGUGAACGUAUUAACAUACCGGUCCAGGAAUGGCUCCUGUUUCCUAGCUUGUUAAAGGAAAAUGCCAGGCAUUUGGAGGAGUGUUAUCUGCAACUGAAGGAAGGAGGAUUUGAACGUAUAGACGCGCGAAUUUUAGCUAAGAGAUUGGUGCAGAAAUCUAUUCGUCUUCUCAAAGCUGGUGGUUAUCUUUCUGCACAUGUUAGUGUAACUGAAUCAUUUCUGAAACAUCUCAAUCACAAGUUGUCUAUUGAAAAUUUAAGUGAGGAAAGCACCUUUCAUUUCGUCUAUCGAACUGUUUUAACACACUGCCUAAUGUCGAGGUUUAACACAACGCAAAGCGUAAUUGAGAAAUUUUUUAGAAUGUACCCGAUAGUUAAAAUCAAAAGCUUCCAAACACACUUGGAAAACUUUCAACUUGCGGAUAAACUCAAUUUUCCAACUGACGAUAUAUUUCAAUGCGGUUUUCUGUUAAGUACACACCCCAAAAACACAUACCGAUUGCUGCGGGAGGUGCCAACUUUAGCAGGCAUGGAUAUACAUGAAGCGAUCAGGUUAAAACCGCGACUAUUACGUAUACCUUCGAAGAAGAUUAAGGAAAUUUACAGAUGCCUUCGAGAAGCAAACAUUGCAGAUGAUGUGAUACAGCACCACCUUAGCAUAUUCUUUUUAAGUCCAAAUACUGUCGCAUUGCGGAUAAAAGACGCUCGCAGCAUUCCCGAAUUUAAUUUCUUUAUCAACGAUCCUAACUUUCUCAGGCUAAUCAUCAACUUUGGGGAAACAAGAUCAAGAAUAGCGUAUCUUAAAGAAAUGAAGAUAAAGUGCACGUCACUCUCCGUACUUUGCUACAAACCAGAGCAGUUCAUUGCGUUUCUGCAACAAGGCCUUAAUAUGCACCGUCACGAGGAGGUUACAAAGUUUAUUCAACAGUUACUCGGAAGUCAUAGUCGACGAAUUGGUGUUAAUUUAAAGAAGCACGUUCACCAUCGAUGUGUUAACUUAAGCCGUAUAGAAGAUAAUUACGAGUACUUGCGGGAAUUGAAUUUCAGUAGGGAAGCUAUUAUAAAUGCAAUUCCGGUGCUUUUGUAUUCACGGGGCAAAGUAAAGGCAGCCUAUGAAAGUGCCCGUGAUUACCUGAAAGGUGACGGAACUGAAAUAGAGCACUUAAAUUUGAUAUUAUAUUUUAUGGAACGUGAACAUCAUUUUACGGGAAAUGGUAUUUGGAAUCAUACCGAAAAUGCGUAACUUAUUGAGGCUGUAGUUAAUAAAAGAUUUUAAUGCUUG